UCUUCGCCUUACAAUCCCUCCUCCUCCUCCUCACUAUUUAUAUUCCCACCACACUCCAUCAAUUUGCUUACCCCCUCUCAUCUCCAUCCCUCCCUCUCUCUCUCUCUCUCUCUCUCAACAAUGGAAGUCACCGCCGGAGAAGCCUUCUCAGGGCCCCGGGACUACGCUGGCCGCAUCGCCAAGCGCAAGCGGACAAAGAGGCAGAGAGUGCAGUCCCCGUACCAUUUUGGGAUCGCCAGUUCGCCGAGCGACGACGAUGACAGCAGCCGCGACCAUGUCAUUGACAACAACCGCGCCAUCGUUGGCACCAACAAUCACAAUUUCUCUCCAGCAUCCUCAACGGAAGUUGAAGGGAUGAGCACCUUGGAGGAGGAAGACAUGGCCAAUUGCCUAAUCCUCCUAGCCCAAGGCCAUUCUAAAUUGCCCCAAAAGCAAGCAAUAUUGGAGCAAGAUGUUGCUGACCCCAAAUUCAAUAGCAAGAAGUACUUGGAAGCAUCCACAGGCACAGGGAACAAGAUUGGGUAUUAUGUAUAUGAGUGCAAGACUUGUAGCCGUACUUUCCCUUCCUUCCAAGCUCUAGGAGGCCACCGCGCGAGCCACAAGAAGCCUAACAAGGCCGCCCCCACCGCCGAAGACAAGAAGCAUCACCAUCAAUUCAGGACGUCGUCGUCGGAUGACGAGGAGUUGGCACAAUUCAAGGGCCACAACGUCUCCUCAUCAGCUCUCUCUCUUCAAUUGAGUGGUCGGAACAUGUUAUUCGGGAGCAGCUUCAGUAAUAAGCACCCGAAGGUCCAUGAGUGCGCGAUUUGCGGGGCCGAGUUUGCGUCAGGCCAAGCCCUAGGAGGUCACAUGAGGCGGCACCGAACUCCGGCGGGAAUGAACAUAGGGUCGUCGCUAAAUCCGAUGACCUCCGAAUCUGAGGAAUCACCGGCGAGGGCUAGGAACAACGUCGUGUCCUUGGAUUUGGAUCUCAAUCUACCGGCACCCGACGAAGAUGACGCCAAUGAUCAUAAAGAUACGCGGUUUCCCUUGAGCUUGAAGAAACAAAAGCCACAACAAGAACAGCAAGAAAGCCGAUCGAGGCUCGUGUUUUCAGUCCCGGCUUUGGUGGAUUGUCACUACUGAGAAGGUUCAAGAAUCCAUCUUUCCUUUUCCCCCGAUCUUAUAAAUUCUUUUGCGGACCUUCGGCAUUCAAAGUCGAAACUGAAAUUCAAUGUGAUCUUCACAGUUUCUUCCGAAAUUACAGAUUCUUUCGAUUCUUUUCCUUUUUGGGUACAGUGAUAUACUGAUUAUUUCAACUUUAUAUGAAGAAUUCUUCUUCUUUUUGUCAAA